AUGGGACUCAAUCUUGAAACACGCUCUAGAAUCUAUGACUUUGACUCUAUAGAAGCUGAUGAUGAAUUCGAUACGGAACUCGCCAAAGCUUAUGCAAGAUAUCGCGAUGCAGCCGAGAACAAGUCUGAAAUAGAAAUACACAAUUAUUUGCAAGACAAGGCUUCUCAGAACAAAAAGGAAUAUAACGACGUCGUGUCUGCUUUACUUUAUGGUGCUCUCACUGAACCUGGUAAAGCGCGUAUGUUUUUCCAAUCCAUUAGUUUUGUGAAUAGAGAUAACUUUGCAAGCAUUGUCACUAAAUUACAAGUGUUGACCACAUCAAUUAAAUUUCAAAAUUUAAAGCUCGCUGUUAGAGAUCAGAUAUUUUGGCUUAUAAGCGAAUUGACCAGUCUCAAUGUGCAGAAUGUGGAUACACUCUAUCUCUGCCUAAUGCGGCAGAUCCGUGGAGGCGAUGUCGGUCAGCCCAAUGUCUUAUUGUGCGAGCAAAUUCUCAAAUUAUUUGAAGUACAUAAGGUCUGGUUAGGUACCAGUCCGAGAGUGAUUGCGACUGCUGUUUAUACCUACCUUAGAACAAUUGCAGACCAUAGGACUUUACAGCUUCAAUCACUUCAACAAAAAGAGAUUCGAUUUGUGAUUAAUUUAAUGCGAGAAAAGUGGAUGCUUUGUGUACCAAUAGGUCGAGAUUUAAUUCGAAUUCUGUAUGAUUUGAGAGCAAUACCAGACAUCAAGCAGUUUUGGGAUACUUUAUUAAACAGCCCACAAAGCAUAUCACCCAAAUUCAAAGGCAUUGACACUGUCCUCAAGACACCAACACCUAAAGAAUUUUUACGAUGUCGAAUCACGCCUGAUAUUGAAUUCAAGUUGCUCUUUAUUCUUCAGAAUCUUCGAAUCACUCAAUAUCAACGCAAUUUGACUUGGUUUGUACAACGUUUUCUAAAUACACCCGAAGCAGAACCUUUUUAUGCAGAUGUCAUACGAUUUAUUGUUGCUGGCUGGUAUCCUUCAAACCAGAUUUUACAGAGUGACAUUGUUCCUCGAUAUGUUAUUAUUGGAAGUAUGAUGCGAUCCAUUAAGAGUAAUGUCGUCUUGACCAAUGUCAAAACAGCACUUGUUUAUGAUUGGCUCUUCUUUACAUCUACAGACAAUAUCAUGUUUAUAGAGCCUGCUAUGCUUUUGAUGGAACGAUCGGCUGAGCGCUAUCCAGGCAUUACAGCCCUUAUCAUGGAAUUCUUGAAAAAAUCAGUGGACGAAUACUUUCCGCCUUUGCGUGACUACAUGGCAUCCUGCGUCACUUGCGGCAUGCGCGUGUUGCUGAACAAAGGUGUUAUUCGUAGUUUGAUUCCCAUCUAUCGUUGUCCUGCCACUGAAUCCAUCACACGGGAUUACAUGCAAGCGCUGUUUUCUGAGUUCUUGGUAGAGGACAAACAGCAGUCUGCUGUCUUGCCUUCUUCUGUGUCUAUGCAGCCAUCGGGUGGUAGUGGAUCAGAAUCAAAUGCUAUGCGAAGUAUGCCUUCUACGCCUAAAUCAGAAAAUGUAGAGUAUCCAUCAGAACAACAACAACAACAAGGUGACAUUGACUACGACAGUAAUCAAAAGUCUCAACAGACACCAAAACUAGCCAUCAUGACACCCAUGAAAGACGAUGAAGAUGUAGAUGCCUAUCUUUAUGGACAAUCAGAUACUGAAAUGGAAAACACAGUAGUGAACGACACAGAGAAAUCAGUUGAAGAUACACCCUUGCCACCUUCUGAAGAUACUGAUAUGAAUGAUACCAAUGAAGAUACAAUGUUGGUAGUAGAGGAUGAAAAAGAAGAGGAAGAGACGGAUGGGUUGCAAUCACAUCAAUCUUAUUGGAUUUUUGGUGACUCUCUUAAACGAUUCAAAGAAGCUUCUGCGAAUGCCAUUGCUACAUUGAGAGAAGGCAAUGUAGAGCAGUACAGCGAACUUAAUAUGACAUCAAAAAAGAAUUUGAAGGAAAUAUUGGCUGUCUUUCUACGCAUGGCCAUACCUGCAGAAACAUUGGGUUCAGCAAUUGGAGCACCUAUAAGAAACAUUGUCGUAUCAAACUUGUUAAUACAUAACAGCACACCGAAUAGCAUGGACUCUGUGGAUGAGGAUACUAUUGUACAGGACCCCACCAAGGAUGUGUUUGAUCUAAUUAUGGCUACAUUCUGGAGUAGCUGUAAUAAUGAUGCUUCAAGAGAUAAAGUGAUUCGCUUGAUUGGUUGUAUCGCACAUACCAAAAAAACCAGCAAAACAAAGCGUCAUAUUAUAGGUAUGCGUUGGUGGUCUUUCAUUGCAGGACAAUUAGGAAAUGAACAAGUGACGGAAUCCCUUGAUAUUUCGGAAUGGUUUCCAAGUAUUAUUAUCAAUUAUAAAGCAUACGUUUCACAUGCAUUUUCAGUGGAAGAGUCAACUAUAGAUAAAUCAGACUAUCUAAGAGAGUACCUCAAAGGUGACUUGCAGGCUCUGGCUGAUAAAAACAUAGUUUAUUUUAACGAUAUUAUACCAUUACUAUACCAAUAUUUACCCAAUGUAACGGUUGGAGACCUGGAUAUAUUGAAACUAACACUUUUAAUGCUUUUGCCUGAAACUGUGGGUAAACUCACUUGCAACUUAUAUUCUGAUUCGACUCGCAUCUUUGGCAAUCAAAUAAGUACAUUUUUCGUUUCUGAUUCAUUAGCUCUUACUACAUACGAAACAACUCAUUUGUGGCAACUACUGGCAGCAGAACUACAAGGCAAAAGUGAUGAAAUUUACCGGUUGUUUCAGCAACCUCAGGUCAUUCAUGCCAUGAAGACAAACUUUAAAAUCGAAAUUCUACCUUCGCUUUUCUCUAUCCUGACAUCAAUACCUCCUUCCAAAGAUUUAAUGUAUGCCAUUCUUCAGAUCAUGCCUGCCACACUCAAAGUGACCCAACCACAAACUCAAUUUAUUUUAGCAUCCUUACAGUAUUGGUCACAGCAGAGAACAGAUGAAUUUUUGUCAUCACUCUCUGAACUAACUGAAUGGAUAACAGAUCAAAUAGAAAACGAGGAAGACCGAUCUGGAAUGGCUACUCAACUACUUCAUGUCUUGACGAUAUGGUGGGAUCAAAAGUCAGCUUCAGAAUCAUUCAAGCUUGAUAAAAAAGUGCUUUUUGAUCUAUUCAAACUGGGUAACUUAGUAGCAUACACAUGUCCAAAAGAAUGGUCUUUAGAACAACCUCGUAAAAAGAAGCGACCUAUCUUGCUGGAUUCCGAUGAAGAUGAAUAA